AUUAAGUUCAGGAUGCCAUGAGCUUCUUGGCAAACAACAUGUGGGUGUGGCUGUAGACUAUAUUAAAAGUGGGGUCAUGAAAACGAAAGUAUUGCAAAGUAGGCUACAGAAUGGCGUCUGCCUUUCCGUCUGAUGAAGAAAAUCUGUCAAAAAAUGAAAGUGGAAGUGGAUCUGACGACAUCGAUGAGUCGGACAGUAACGAGUCGGACAGUAAUGAGUCGGACAGUGACGGAAAUUCAGAUAUAGAAGCUGAUUGUCAGAUUCAGAGGAAAAAGCCCUGCAAGUAUUACAACAAGGGUAACUGUCGGGAUGGUGAGAGGUGCCCUUACUUACACAUCUGCAAGUAUGCCCUGACAGGAAGCUGUCGCUACGGGUCCAACUGUAAGCUGAACCACCCCAGAGGUGGACGACAGUCAUCUGGUGCAAGCAACAGGGCUUCGGACCGAUCAACGUCUAGUGACCCAAAGCUUACUGAUGGCCGAUGCUACCAGUGGCAGCUGAAUGAUGGAAAUGGCUGGAAGGAUGUUGGUAAUGAUCAUAUUCUUGAGGCCCAGUACUCGUUGCCCCACACCAAAAGCAUUAAAAUCUACAACACACCAUAUGGGGCAGUGAGUAUAGAUUUUAACAGGAUGAGAAUAAAUGGAAAGCGUCUGAGAGUGAGACGUUUGGAUGAUGGGAACACUGUGUGGAUCUGGUACUGCACAUUGAGCCGGAAGUGGAUCAAGUAUGGAGACAAGGGUCCAAAGGGCAACCCCAGUCCUGUGAAGAGCUCUGACAUAGAAGGAAAGUUCCAGAGUAACCCAACAAGCUCGUAUACUUUCACCGUCGGUGCUGAAACCCUUGAGAUUAAAUUCAGAGAAAUGAGACAGGUGAGUACAAACAGAAAGAGGAAAGUUACUCGCCGACCACAGUACAGACAACAGACAGCAGGAGCAGGAGUUUCUCAAGUAGCCACAGCGCUCCAGAAUGUUUCUCUGGGCACCAAACCACAGUGGGAGUUUGAGGGGGUCACUGGAGCGUGGCACGUCUUCAGACACAGGCAGAGCAGGACUCCGACUGAAUGCUCAGUAACCAGUGAUGACAUUGAGAGGAAGUAUACGCAAAACCCCCAGGGCAGCAUUACCUUCAAAGUGAAGGGACACCCCUACAAGCUGGACUUUGGAGCGAUGAUCCAAACCAACCUCAAGACCAUGCAUUCACGCAAGGUCAGACGUGUGCUGGUGUGAGCAUUAAAGGGGAUUUCAAAGACCCUAAGGAGAAAGUCUACAAACAAUUGUGCAAUACCAUAUUUAUACAAUCAUUGUAAUCUGAGAUUCAUAUUUUUGGGGUGUUUGGCUCUAUAUUGACCUCUAUGCAAUACAUUUAAUGCUGUUUAAAUUAGAAAGGAAUUUGGAAUACAAUUAAAUUAUGCUCAUGGCUGUCUGUUUUUUUUAAAUUUGGUUGCCAAAGGAGAUUGUGUCAAAAGGCUUUGAAGUUUACCAACACCUAAAUGCUGCCUGAGAUGAUGUACUGUACCAACUUGCGUAUUGCCAUACCGGAUGAUGCUAUAGACAAACACUCGUGGAAUUAUCAGAUAUUUCAUGUCCCAUUUAUGCUGCCACAUAUCUACACACCUGCCUCUUCUGAUCUAAUGCAAAUUCAAGGCUAUUUCUAAACAGCUGUUAAUGCGCAUUAGCGUUGAAGUGUUUAACAUGACUCCGGUGGUUACAAUAUGCAAUAGAAAUCUGCCAUUUUUCAGUUCAAUUCAUAUAAUGUUUUGUUCAAGAUUGGAAGUCCAGUCUUGGCUGUUUAUUCUGCGUCAUACGUAUGUAUUCUUCUUUGUAGGCCACUAAUGUGCCAAUGUGAUACAGAUAAUAUUAGAUAAUCUGUAAUGGAAAUUGGAAAUUAUUGCAAAUAAAAAAAACAUAAAAUGUC